CGGGGGGGGUUGGCAAGCAAUCGGACUGACACCAAGCCUAGGUCCGGCCAUCUUGUGACGGCAAGCGCUCUUGAUUCGUAAAACACCCCCGAAAUCGCGUAAAUUGCAACAGAAAUUAGCAAUAAUUGCCGCAGAAUCAUCCCUUGCAGUGCCGGGAGUGCGUGUAAUUCGAAAACUCACGUGUAACGUGUCGUUUAACCGCUUUAAAUUGCAUUUAACGUUAAUUACUUUUUUGUGUAACAUUUUUGUGAGAGUGUAGUAGUAGUCGUCUUCGAAUUCAUCUCAGUUUACCUACUCUUCGAUGAUCUCAUUCACUCAUUGGAUAAUUAUCUUUAUACAAACACAUCCAGUGAUCUACGAAGCAACCGAACUUCGUUGAAAACCAUUUUAAUGAAAAAUGAUGGCGAAAAAUGGGUUAGGCUACACAUUUUUACGGGCAAGGGACGUCAUACAGUACUAAUAUUGAGGGAGUGGGGUGGAAAUGGAUAAAGAAAAUGGGGAGAAUACUGAAGGUGGUUCCAACUCCAGUAAACUCUCAAACACUCCUGACCCAUCAACUUUGCUCGAUGCCGCAAGUCUCUUUGCCUACUGGCCCCAAGGCGAUAAUACCAAUGCGGCGAACGCGGCCAAUAUGUUUGCGACGUCGGCAGGUGCCGCCGCUUACGGUUUGGGCCCGCAUCCCGGCAUGCCGUUUGGAUUGUUGCCGUCAAGCUCGUCGCGCGGUAUGCCGCCAGGUUAUCCAACGAGUACAACGGCCGCGGCCGCUUACAAUAACGCGUAUACUAACACACUUUCCGUCGCGGCGAGCCAAGCAGCUAGUCUCGGAAUUCCGGCAGCUAGUGCGGCGUGGUGGUCUAUGGCAUCCCAUUUGGCAGCACAGGACUAUCUGGCCCGCAUCCAGGCAACAGGUCUAAAUUUUCCCGGCCUUUCAAAUCCGGCCGAUCCGUACUCCUCCUUGGGAUUAUCUUCUCUUUCGAAUUAUCAAAAGUCUUCAAAAAAUACGAAAAACUACAACGUAUCCUCACUGCCAAAAUCCCAACAAGGAAGCAACAGCACUUCGAAGGCGAAAAGUCUCUCAUCUUCGCACGCUAACGUAAAGAUCGACUCGACGGCUCUCCGCACCACCUCUCCUACUUCGUACACCAAAACGACAACCUCUAGUACAAAUGUUCCGAAAUUCUCUCCGAGCACCAGUUUAACGAUACAGCCCAGCAUGAAACUGCCGCCGACUACCACGACGAGCUCAACCGCGAACAGCAAUAACGAUAGGAAAACGCCUAAAAUCAACGACGCGAACUAUAUGAAACCCGACAGACCUAAAAAUUCGAGCCCAAAAUUAUCACAAUCAUCAGUUUCUAGUAUUUUUACAAAUCCUUUAAGUUUAGCUAAUAAUUUAGAGAAGAAUAGUGUUAAUACCACGACGACAACGUCUGAGAGCAGCACGACGUCUAGCAGCGGCCUCCCCUCCAGUAUUUUAAGUGCUGCUUUGGAAGGAAACAGCGACCCAAGUACAAUACUUGGUGGAGUUCGUCUACCUCCAGACACAGAAAUAAUAAAAUAUACUUCAUCAAUUGUCGGUCCUAAAAUACCUGGAACUACAAAUAGGGGACGAAAGAAAACGAUUUCUCUCGAUCCUCCAUCUGUCAGUGUCCAUCCUACGCUUUCGGGCGGAAGUUUGCACGUGGAAAGGACGGCGAAACGUUCCAAACUUAGCGAAUCUCACGAUUCACCUACUUCACUAAAUACUUCCAAUGACAGAGUAGAAGUUAUUAAAUUAUCGCCGACAAACGGAAGUCCGAACAACUGCGGUUUUAGCAAUAGCGGCGGCGGUCUAGUCGAAGGGAUAAGCGGCGAUGCUCCACUAAACUUAUCAAUGAAACCGUGCUCUACGAAUUUAACAAGUUCUUCUUUAAACUCUCUUAGCAAUAUGUCGGCAAAUUUAGGAGUCGAUCGAAUAUCAAGAAGAAAGCCCGGUCCUAAACCACGAAAAGUAAUUCAACCUUCACACCUACCUCCGGCAGCACCGAGUGCGUCACUACAGCAGUUGUUUGCAUCUGCCGACUCGCCUAGGUCGCCUAACCGACUCGAUGAUUCGCUGUCAAAUCCACUAACAUCAACUAGUUCGUGUACCAUCGGAUCACUUCCAAUGCCCAUUCAUAAAGACGGAAGGCCUCGCAAUCUCGGUAGAGGAAUUAGUAAACCUAAGAAAAAUACUGUAGCGUCCCUUUUGGCUCAAAGUAGAGCUUUAGGAAUUAAACCAAUGCAAGUCUUAGAUCCGAACGCCUCGAUGAACCAACAAAUAUCUUUGUUGAAGUCAAAUAUAUUGGCGGCGCAGCAGUUAAUGGUCGAGGCGGGAGGAGACGAAAAAGUUUUCAAUAAGCUCUUGCAGGAAAAAUUUAGAGGCGCGCUUAGCGAUUCUAAUUCGAGUACUGUCGACGCCUCCACAGAUUCAGAUAAUUUAACAGACUCAAAUCACACCGAUUCGGAAAUGGAAACCGAUUCAUCCAUGACAGUGAAAAAGUCGAAACAUUUUGAUGAACGGGCGCUAAGGGUUCCUCUUGAAAAAGGUUGGAAACGUGAAACUGUGAUCAAGGCGUUGGCUAAAAAUGGAAACAUUAGAGGCGACGUUAUUUACAUCGCUCCAGAUUCGUCAAAUAAAUUUAAACAAAUGUCCGAUAUUACACAGUAUCUCGAUUAUCAAGAUAAUGUCGAACUUACAAAAGAAAAUUUUACCUUUAGCAGUAGAGUCAUUUUAGGCGACUAUCUGCAAGUGGUACCGUCUGGGACAUCUUCCGAGGGAAGCGAAUUUAUUCGUCUAACCGAGGAUGAAGUAAAUCGCAGAUUGGAAGAAUGGAAGUCGGUUACGCGUACCAAUUUAGCGGUCGAACAACGAAUAGAAGUGGCGCGAAGGCAACAGGCCGCGCGUGCGCAGGCCAGAAUGGAGAAGGAGCAGGCGAGGCUGCAAAGAGAAAUGGAGAGGUCGGAGAGACAAGAGGCGGCUCGGCGAGAGAGGGAAGCGCGAUCGCAACAGUUAUUAGAAGCUAGACGUAAACGACAAGAAGAAUUGGAAAAGCAUAGACACGAAGAACAACAAAGAAAAUUGCAGGAAAGAGAGAUGAAACGACAACACACCGCGUUACUAAAGGAGCAGAUGUACAUACAGGAGAUCAGUAAACAACGAGAAAUGCUCUACACUGUCGAACUGGAAAGGGAACGUCGAAGGCAACACAUAGCCCUCGUCAAAGCGUUGGAGAAUCGCAGAAAGUUGGAAGAAAGAGAACGCAAAAAACAGCAAGCGUUUGCCGAAAAACAAGCUAGCAAGGAAAAGAAACUAGAGCAAAGACGUAUCGAAUUAGAAAUUCUGACCGAGCUCCGAAAGCCAUGCGAGGAUUUAGAAUUAGAUCAAAAGCCCUUGCCAGAAUAUCAGAGAAUUCCGGGAUUGAGACUUUCCGGAAAGGCGUUCGCCGACGUCUUGAUGGUGUUCGAAUUUUUGCACAACUUUGGAGAAACUCUCGGGUUUGACAUGGAGUCGCUUCCCACUCUUGACUCGUUACAACAAGCGCUAUUGUACAAUGACUCGCAAAUGAGCGAAGCGGAAGAAGAAUUACUGUCGGUUAUGACUCAUUUACUUGUUUGCGCGAUUGAAGAUCCUGGUAUACCAAAUCCUGCAAGGCACACUACUAGUCUCGGGCAAACAUUGAGGCAAGCGGACAUCACACACGCCAAUUUGUCUGAAAUACUUAGGAUUUAUCUGUAUGCCAAUGCCACUGGUGAAGUCAAAGCAUUAACGGGUGUUCAUUUUGAAAGAGAACGUGAAAGACGAGUUGCAGAUCACCACCAAAACGGUUGUGAAAUGAUGCAAACAAUGCAGUGCGGCAAAAAUGUCACUUACUACGAAUUAUUGCACGAUAACGAUACAUGGAAAAUGUCGGAUAUGUUAAAGGAUAAACCAUUUUUGGCCCUAUCUCCCACGGAUAAGGCGGCCAUGUUGGCAUUCAUCUGCAAUGAACUUUUACAAAACAAAGCAGUCAUUCGUCAAAUCGACGCAUCCCUAGAAGGUGUCACACAGCUCAAGAAGGAAAGGUGGAUCAUGGAUGCUAAAAUCAGAAAAUUGCGAACGUUGCACAAUCGUAAGGUGCGUUCCGAAAAUGCAGAGAAAGUUCAAGUGAAAGUGGACGGAAUGGAGACGGCGGAAAGUGUUAUCGAUUUUCCCGUACCGCAUAAGGACGAGCUGUUGGACGAUGAAGAAAAUGAGAUAAGCGAAAAUGAAAGUCUCGGCACUCAGCCUGAGGAGGAAGAAGACAACAAACUAUCGGGAGAAGAGUUGGGAAAGAAGUUGGAGAAAUUUGUGAAACAAUCCGAAACUCAACUUCAAUGCUUGAACCACGCCUCACAUCAGUUACGUGCGACUUGCUACGGUCAAGAUCGCUACUGGAGGCGAUAUUGGUCAUUACCGAAGGGGGGAGGCGUUUACGUUGAGGCAAUCGAAUCGAGCGAUCCGGAGGUGCUAAAACAACAAGAGAUAUACGACGCAACCCCAGAAAACCAGAUUACCAGCAUCGAAGACAUUAAGAGCGUCGUGACGGAGGAUCACGAUGUGCACGACGAGGACAAAGAAGUGUGUAACAUUGUGGGCGAACAGUCCGAUACAGAGGUGUUUAGCGAAAAUGUGGAGAAACCGAACCAAAAUGAACAUAGGAAAACUCCGAAUAGGUUAAAUGUCGUCGAGAAUGGGGACGUGACGGAUUCGUGCGAGCAAAGCUUAGAUGAACUAAGGAAAAGUGUAGAAAAAAUUGUACAAAGUUUAGAUAGAAACGUUGAUUUUAACCAGGAUUUAAAUAACCACAAACAGGAAUCUCAAAACCAUUUAGAGAAAAGCAAAUUUGGUUCGGAAGACGAGCAGCAACACUCGAUCAAAAAGUUUAACAUCUUUGAGAAACUGGGUGAGUGCAUGGAACGCGAGAACAAAACCGAGGAGGAGUUGAAACUUGAGGUAAAAGCGGAAGUUAAGGAGGAACUUAAAAAUGAGAUUUUAAAUGAGUUAAAGUCGGAUAAAAUCGAUUACAAGCAGGAGGCUGACGAUAUUAAAUCCGAAAUGGAAGCGAAGUGGUUCAGUAUUUUAUCUAAAGACUGCGUAACUUGCGAAGGUUCCCAUUUAACGCAGGGCAAUCGAUGGGAUACCGGCGUCGGCGCGUGCUCUCGUGAAAAUAUGACCGAAUUGAAAAUUCCUGUCUUUCCGCCGCCGAGCAACUCCUCCAUGUACCUGAUGAACUCGUGUGAUAGUCCCGGACCUUUGCAGAUGACGGCCGAGGAAAGCGUCCAAAUGGAGUAUAUUAAGAAGCACGGUUUGCCUAAAUCGUGCGACAGGAAGAAAAUUCCACCCGAACAACGUUAUGGUUGGUGGCGGAUUAAGGAUACUGAAACACUAAAGGGCGUGAUAGAGAGCUUGCACGUGCGCGGUGCUAGAGAACGUGAGCUCAAGAGAACUUUCUUGAAUACAAUGCAAUGUAUGUAUGAGAAUCAGGGGAAGCUGCACAUUGAUGAAGGUCAGAAGGAGGCGACAGAACUAGGCCUAAACAAUGAGGAGGUCAAAAUGACUUCGGGAGAUGCACCACAACCCGACGAACCGGGUUGUUGGAGCCAAUCUGUCGCACACCGAGUCGAUACAUUCUUGUUUGAACAGGUGGAAGCGCUAGAAGAUAAGGUGGCGAACGCUAGCAUGCAAGUGAAAGGUUGGAGACUACCUUCUAGAGAAAGUCCCGAUUUACCCAUGGGUCAAUUAGUAGAGCUGGCAAAAGAUAGAUUGAUCUCAUUGGAAUCUGCAAUCGAACGGCGCUACUUGAAACCUCCACUAGGUGUUAGGUGA